GUGUGCGGGUGUGUGCGGGUGUGCGGUGCGGCCUCGCGGACGCUCUCUGGGCCCUAUUAUUUUGCUGAGAUGCUGCUCAGACUCAGACAGGGGUUGGGGUGGGGGUGGGGGCGGGGAAGGGGCCUCUCACUGUCCCGGGGCUAUUGCAGCCACUCCAAGGGUCUCGUCCUCGGGGUGUAUACGGGGAAGAAAGAAGGUGAGGUGGGUCAGUUUACAAAGGCAGGCGAAGCGUUUGACAACUCUGUGUCAGGAAGGCUUCGGGAACUUCUUACAGUAUCUGGACCUGCACUGAAAAAGGGCAAAAGUCGCAUAUUUUAUGGUGUCCAUCAGGAUUUCCCCCAACUUGUAGUUGUUGGUCUUGGUGACAAGGAAGCUGGAGUCAGUCAUUCGGAACAGUAUGAUGAGAGCAAAGACAAUAUCCGAGCUGCCAUUGCAGUUGGAUGCAGGCAGUUGCAAGACCUUGAGGUUCCAGUAGUGGACGUUGACCCAUGUGAGGAUGCCCAGUCUGCAGCUGAAGGAUCCGUUUUGGGUUUAUUUGAAUACAAUGAUCUGAAGCAGAAAAAGAAGAAUUUGGUCACUGUGAGACCAUAUCAAAGUUCAGACAGUGAGGCCUGGCAGAAAGGAGUUGCAUAUGCAGAAGGCCAGAAUUUAGCGCGCCACUUGAUGGAAAUGCCAGCUAAUUAUUUAACUCCAACCAGCUUUGCAGAGACAAUACAACAAACUCUGAGUUCAACAGGUGCUGAUGUCAAAGUACACAUAAGAACCGAACCCUGGAUUGAGGAGCAGAAAAUGGGAGCUUUCCUUAGUGUAGCCAAAGGCUCAGAUGAAAAGCCAGUUUUCUUGGAAGUCCACUACAAUGGCUGCAAUGUCUCUCGUGACUCACCAUUAGUCUUUGUGGGAAAAGGUGUAACCUUUGAUAGUGGUGGAAUCUCAAUCAAACCUGCAUCGGGCAUGGAUGCAAUGAGAGGUGACAUGGGAGGGGCAGCAACCAUCUGCUCUGCCAUCGUCACUGCAGCAACUUUAAAACUUCCUCUUAACAUCAUAGGUCUAGCACCUUUGUGUGAGAAUCUAUUGAAUGGUAGAGCAAAUAAACCCGGUGAUGUUGUCAAAGCGAAGAAUGGAAAAACAAUACAGGUAGAUAACACUGAUGCAGAGGGUCGUUUGAUACUAGCUGAUGCCCUGUGCUAUGCCCAUAACUUUAAUCCCAAGGCGAUUGUAAAUGCUGCCACGUUAACAGGUGCUAUGGAUGUUGCUCUGGGGUCAGCAGCAACUGGAGUCUUCACCAACUCAGACUGGCUGUGGAAUCACCUCCGAGAAGCUGGUGUCGUGACUGGAGAUCGUGUGUGGAGAAUGCCACUCUUCCAGCAUUACACCAAACAAGUAACAGAGUCACAGCUAGCAGACCUCAAUAACGUUGGCAAAUAUAGCAGGUCUGCAGGUGCUUGCACGGCAGCAGCAUUCCUGCAAGAGUUUGUUACAGCCCCUCACUGGGCUCACCUUGAUAUAGCUGGAGUGAUGACAAACAAAGAUGAGGUUCCUUACCUGCGAAAGGGAAUGGCAGGAAGACCUACCAGGACAUUGGUAGAGUUUGCUGCUCGUCUGAGUCGAGAAAAACUAAAAGCAUAAUGAGGAGAACUAAAUAUUUCUUUGACAAUAUUUCAAAACAUCAAUUCUUGACAGUUGUUUAAUAAUAAUAAUAAAAAUUCUUAAAUUUGAUACAGUGCCUUUCAUGUUGCUGUAUUUUGUAAUUUGCAACUGAUUUAAGCUAUUUUUUAUUAAUAAAACACUGUAAUCAUGAGAAAGU